GUCAUUAGACUGAACUAUAUCGGCAGCCAGUAACGAACUUGAUUCAGCUGAUUCACACAUUUUCUGGUCGCCGGAGUUUCCUGUCGCCCUAUUGUGUGGUAGACAACGGGAAAAAUAGAGCAGACGUCAAGAAAACGACAACACACGGACGGUGUGUUGACCACAAGAAUGACAACCGAAUUGGCAGACGACGUCCCCGACAUCCCUUCUAACAAAGACUUCUCUACCUUGCAGACUAAUUUUGCCCUUUCUCCCAAAAGGAAAAAAGAUUCUGAAAAUGACUUUGAAACUGACUGGAAGCAGUCCAAUGAGGAGAUUGAGGUCAACAUUAAAUUGGAUUUCCUCAGCAUGGGAGUCAAAGAGCCGAAGGACAUAGAUGUCACUUUUAGUGAUAGUGAUGUUGUGAUUGGUUUCGCGGGUGGUAAGAAGUGGACCUGUGACUUCUGUCAUCCUGUAGCUGGAGAAAAGUGUAAAGUUCAAGUCAAGAAACAUAAAAUAAUCCUCAAAGUCAAAAAGAAAGAACCACGCAUAUGGAAGGAUUUAACGGCAGCUCCUUCGACAGCUUCUCGGUCAGAAUUCAGCUGUGAAUCACCAGAUUCUCCCUCCAGUUCCCCUUCAUUUUCUUCUGAAAUGUUUGACCCCCUGCACAGUGUGACCGCUAUGUCUGCUAAUUCUCGUCCGGAGGACACAGACAUUGGGAGUAAAACGGGAGACAAGGAAGGCGAGAAGGACGAACCUGUCUAUGAACUGAAUCACAUUAAACAUGAUUAUUUUGAGAAGCAGGACUUCCAGUUCACUUUGUAUGUGUAUGUAAAGGAACUGAAGAAGGAUUAUGUGAAAGUCAUUUGUAAACCAAAGAGUCUGACAAUUCAAUUUAAGACACUGGAUCAAAAAUUUUUACAACUACACCAAGGAACGACAGAUGAAACAACAUUUGUAUGGAAAGUCAAUUUAAAAGGAGAGAUUCAACCAGAUAAAUGUGUGCAUCGGGUGACUGGAGCUAUGCUGGAAAUGAAAAUGUGGAAAGUGAAGCAAGAGAAAUGGAACUCGCUGGAAGCCAGUCAACACAAAGUCGCCGAGGCAACCGCAACAAAAUCUGAUGGAUGGAUCUCCACUGGGAAGAGUAAAUUGCCCACUACAUCUGCUUCCACCAGCAAAAUGGACUCUCCCACCAAGGGCAGUGUGGCGUUUGAUGAACUGGCUGAUGUGAAUUUGACCAGGAAAUCGGACUUAAAAGGGGAUAAUAAAUCGGCUUCGGAAUUGGGAGCCACUGGUAUCAGCAGGGAUACUUAUGGACAGAAGCCCACUUGCAAAGUAUCGCCUAUGAACAAGAAUCUGAUGGACCUGUGUGUGAGGCCAGGCAUGACCGGGAUGGAUAACCUGGGCAACACGUGCUUCAUGAACAGUGUACUUCAAGCCCUGUCCAAUACCACUGAAUUCAGAGAUUUCUUUUUAGACUCCGGAUUUCAGAACGAUAUUAACACGGAUAAUCCUCUUGGAAUGGGAGGCAAGUUGGCCGUGUCUUAUGCUGUUCUGCUUCGCAUGCUGUGGUCUGGAAAGCAUUAUUCUUAUGCUCCUUCCAAACUCAAGAGUUUGGUGGCACAGAAGGCUAGUCAGUUUAAUGGAUUCGCUCAGCAUGAUGCACAAGAAUUUAUGGCCUUCUUUUUGGAUGGUCUUCACGAGGAUCUGAAUAGGAUUAAGAAGAAACCUUAUACAGAAACAGUAGACUCGGAUGGAAGACUGGAUGAAGUUGUUGCCGAUGAAGCCUGGGAGAUGUACAAGAAGAGAAAUGAUUCUUUUAUUGUGGACCUGUUCCAGGGCCAAUAUAAAUCCAAACUGACCUGUCCUGUGUGUGGAAAGAUUUCCAUAACCUUUGACCCUUUCCUGUAUCUUUCACUUCCUCUCCCUAAAAAGAAGCGCUUACUGCCUGUGAUAUUCAUGUGGAAGGAACCAUACAAAAAGCCGCUGCGGUUGGUCCUAAGGCUACCUAAAGAUUGCACGACAGAGGCUCUGAAAGAGGAGACAGCAAAGAAAACAGGUGUCAAACCAUCAGCGAUGAGAGUGUUUGAAGCGUACAAGGGUAAAAUCUACAAAUUCUACGGGAAAGGGACCGAUCUAAGUGCCGUUCAAUCCAAUGACACAAUUAUAAUAUCUGAAGUCCUGACUGAAGACAUUGCUGGAGAACCUGUGUAUGAAAUCUAUGUCAUACAGAGAACGAUCAUGCCAAAUCAAAUUCCAUCUCGAUGUUCAUCGUGUCGUCGACUAUGUCCAGAUGGCGCUAAACUCAAGAGGUGUACCAAAUGUUUCAAAGUGGGAUACUGUGAUCAUACUUGUCAGAAGAAUCACUGGGUGAUGCACAAGAAUCACUGUAACUUGACCCCAGAGGCUGUGGGGUCACCCUUCAUCGUCAGCAUUCCCGAGUCCAGGGCCACAUUCUCACGGCUGAGCACUCUGAUGGAGGCUUACGCUAGGUACUCUGUAGAUGUAUUCCAGCCCCCAGUUAAGACAGAACCCAAAAUCCAUUCCUCAGGCAUGAGCAGUAGCAGUAGCCAAUCAAGCGGAAGCAUCAACAGUCUGGACAGCCAAUCAUCGUGCAGCAGUUCCUGUACGAUUACAGCAGAGCAGGGACCCACGGAGGAUAAGGUGGACUUUUUCAUCGGUGAAACAAACAUAUCAUUAGAUCUUAACGAGAGCAACACGAGUACAGAAAACAGCUUCUCCAAUCUCCAUAUGGGCAAUGUCAGCGAUGGGUCCUCCACCAGUAUUGGAGCCCAGGCUGGCAGUAUAUCAUCUCUAGAUUCCACUGGUAGUGGGUCACUAUCAUCUCCAAUAGCUGGAGAUGUGGAUCUAGUGACGGAACAGCGGGAAAGUCCAGAGGAGGAAGGCGACCCAGGAAAUCAACCGGAGUCUGUGUCUUUUAAGACCCCCAAUCUACCCGAGUUUUCGUCAUUCAAGAUGCCUAAAACAAAUGAACAAGAUCAGUUUGGGAAAUCCUCAUCUGACAAUGAAACUGAAAUGGAGAAGAGUAAAACGGUUCCCACCAAACAGGUGUUGGGCAUCAAGUCCGAUGAGAUUGAGAGAACAAAGCCACUGUUUUACUUGAAACCUGUCAAUCAAGAUGGAGUAGGAAUCCGUGGGCCUGAGGGAGAGAGGGUAGAGGAUUUAGGAGAUGAACCAAUAGACCUGACAUACAGACAGUUUCUGUCAAUAGAUUGGAAAAAUCACGAGAAGUUUGAUUCUUACGUACUGGUACAAACCAAGGAUAUGGAGUACGAGGAAGACCCAACCCUGACAUCUCAGUACAGUGAAGAAACUGGAAAUAUCAAUAUCCAGCAAUGUUUGGAUCUCUUUACGGAGCCAGAGAUUCUUAACCCUGAAGAGGCUUGGUACUGCCCCUCGUGUAAGGAACACCGAGAGGCCACCAAACAAAUGUCCAUCUGGAGACUUCCUCACACCCUCAUCAUACAGCUGAAGAGAUUCUCCUUCAGAAACUUCAUCUGGAGAGACAAGAUUGACAAGAUGGUGGAAUUCCCUGUCAGAGGUUUGGACCUCUCCCCGUAUACCAAAACCGGAGCAAACGAGUCACCUCCUAUCUAUGAUCUAUACGGUGUGGUGAAUCAUUAUGGUGGAAUCUUGGGGGGACAUUAUACAUCAUUUGUUCGCACACCUGAUGCAAAGGAUCCAACCAAAAAUGAAAUGGACUGGCGAUUGUGUGAUGACAGUCGCGUGUCUUUCAUUGGUGGGGAAAAGAAUGUGGUGGUCAGGGGAGCUUACCUCCUCUUCUACAGGAAAAGAGAGCCCCUAGAAUCUCCCAUGCUUAUGUCCCCAGAACUGGACAUUGGUGACCAGAAUGGGAAUGCAGGCUUCAUGUCUCUAAAAACUAAAUCAGAUGAAAACGAGACUGAGAAAGAACCCUGUUACAUGAAGGAUGAGAAUCUCAUUGAGGAUGAGGUUGUGACUUCAAGUCUUCACAGUACAGAACCUGAUGACUUUGGUGAUGGGUCGGGGAUGGAUAACCUCCCUUUACUGGUAGAUCACCGAUACCAAAGGAUGUACGGGGUGUCUGGAGAAGAUGAAGUGGAUAAGGACUCGCCAUACAGCCAGAGCAGACCCAGUCCAACAGAGGACCUCGGAUACACGGACAUGGAGGCUGUGGAUUGACCUUGUAAAAGUUAAAGGUCAAGGUCAAUUUUGUUUUUAAGGUCGUUCAGAUUAUUUAUUGAGUGUUAUGAAAUAUUCAGAUUGAAAUGUAAUUUUGACAUACGUGUAGAUUAUAUUUAUGUGUGAGUAUUGAUGCGAGACGGAUUGCUUGCCAUUAAAAAUUGAAUGAUAGUUGAAUAUACGUGCAAUUUAAGACAUCAUCUACUCUUCUGCUUUUAAAAACUUAAAAUUUAUCUAAAUAAAUCGAUAUAAACUAUCUGGUAGCAGAAGUUUUACAACAGUGAAGAAAGUGUCUGUAUACAAUUCAUGAAAUGAACUAAUUUGUUUGCUUGCAUUUAAAUGAACAUUUUAUUUGUUUUUUCAACAAUUUUGACCCAUUAUGUCUCAUUUCCAUAGACAAUAGAUAUUGACCACCAAAGCUAUCAGUAUUACAUACAACAGCUAUAUGUUCGCCCUGUGACAGAUGUAUAUUAACCUACUCUGUAUGCAUUGUAAGUUGUUGAUAUGCAGCGUGUUGAGGAAAUGUAUAACUUGUCAUAAUUAUCAGGAAACAAGGAAUUAGACAGGAAAUUUGAUAUAUUUAACAUUAAAGAAAAGGUUUGAGAAAUUGUGAAAUCAAUCAUUCGUAUUCUUUUGAAAUAUUUAAGGUACAUGUAUUUGUAAUAUAUUGAAAAUAAUUUAGAUUUUUGCACUGAACAAUGUAGACUGAUCCAAUAGAAUUCAAUGUUGGACUGGUCAAUUUAGUGUUAAAAAAACAUUUCAUCUGCUCAUUUCUAAUGAAUAUUUUUAUUUGAAUUAUGACAAGUUGAUAAAGGAAGUUCAUUGUGUCAUAAAUUAAUCAAAAAGUUGGAAUGUAUGUUAAACAGGUCUUUCCAUAGUAGUUUUUCUAUCAGAAAGUAUGGAGUGCGAACAUGGAGCAAACAUAUACCUAUUUGUGUGAUUUUUUGUUGUCGGGAGAAUAUUUAGUGGAUUUUUAGCCAUUGGACACUUGAUAUGAUGGAUUUUGACGUUUGUUGAGCCGCAUCAUACCUUCGCCAUUCUUUGGUACAGAGCUGACACGAUGGAAUAUGUCCACUAAUACACAACUCAGUUCUAAUACAGAGAGAUGCAAACAACAUCGUAUAAAUAAGAUAAACUUCAGCUUUAAUUUUCAUGCACAAUAUGAAUUGGCCGUCAUUAUUCUAACUUGCAUGCUGGGUACUAUAUGGAUGAGUUCAUUGCUGAUUAGAGGGGUUGAAGGUUAAGACAUACUACGGUAUACACACCUGAGCCUUUGCAUGUAAUAAAUAGAUGAAUAUAUAAAUUUAUUGAAACAAUGUUGACUGCACAAAUAAAUCAAUAUUAAAUGAAUUAAAAAC